AUGGAAUCAUCAUUAGAACGUUAUUUUGAUCAAAAUAUUGAAAAUGUAAGUACAUUUCUCUCCUAUAAUGAAACUAACUACAAGAAAGAUAUCCGAGAGCGAGAAUGUUCUGAUGAAAUUAACGGGGUUCCUGUUGUCUUUGAUGAUCUCUCAACAACUGAUUCCCAUGUCUUUGAAUCUUUGAUUCCAUAUGAUUCAGACCUAACAAUUCAAGAGUCUUGUCACACUUACCAGCUUCUGCAGCCUCCGGAACUAUCUACAGAGCUUACUUCAGCAGAUCUUAGUUUCCUCAGUGAUGACCCAGAUCAACAGAAUGAUGAUGAUGAUGGAAAAGACUCUAACAAUCAGCAGCAAAUGGUAACGCAGAGCCAACUGCUGUCAGACGUUGAGAAUAGUGAUGGUAUUGAUGCUGGACUUGGACAUGACAUUAGCCAAUUGCCAAACCAAUCAACAAAUGAAGGAAUUGCUACUCCAGUUGAUUAUGAAUCAUCAUCAAUGUGCCCAAUGACUCCCAUGACACCUGUAACACCAAUGACCCCAGUAGAAAGUUCUGGAAUAUGUCCACAGUUACAAAACAUUGUUUCUACUGUUAAUAUGGACUGCAGAUUGGACCUGAAGAGAAUAGCACUUCAAGCAAGAAAUGCAGAAUAUAAUCCAAAGCGGUUUGCUGCAGUGAUAAUGCGAAUAAGAGAACCCAGAACGACAGCUCUAAUCUUCAGUUCAGGCAAGAUGGUAUGCACAGGAGCUAAAAGUGAAGAACAAUCCCGAUUAGCAGCUAGAAAAUUUGCUCGUGUUGUUCAGAAACUUGGAUUUCCAGCAACAUUUCUUGAUUUUAAAAUCCAGAACAUGGUUGGAAGCUGUGAUGUGAAAUUCCCCAUCAGAUUAGAGGGUUUGGUUCUUACCCACCAACAGUUCAGCAGCUACGAACCAGAAUUGUUCCCGGGUCUUAUUUACAGAAUGGUUAAACCAAGAAUUGUUUUGCUCAUAUUUGUUUCUGGCAAGGUUGUUUUGACAGGUGCCAAAGUACGUUCGGAAAUCUAUGAAGCAUUUGAGAACAUCUAUCCCAUCUUAAAAGGAUUUAAGAAGGCGUAGUGGCAAAAACCGGAUCUUCUAGAGACAUCUUGAUACAGUUAGUUCUUUACAUAUCUUUGUGAGAACUGAAAUCAAUACACACUGUUGUGCAUAUGAGUGAAAAAUUA